AUGUACCGCUGGUCUGUCAGAACCUCUACCCCGUUAUGGUCUGUUCUUUGGUAUAGUUCUACUCUACUACCAGGUGGAAGUAUCACUCCAGGAGCUGUGAUGACGAUAUUUAUGGCUAUCAUCUCUGGUGUGAUGCAAAUGGCAGGUACUGGAGAGCAACUUGAAGAUAUCGGUGACGCCAGGACGGCGUUAUCAUCAUUGCUUGGAAUCUCAGAGACCGAUGAAGACCCCUUUGACAAGGCCACUAGUCAGCUUGACACAGUUCUUGGUAAACUGGAUGUGUUUAACGUGUACUUCCAUUAUCCUUCUCGACCUGAAUAUCAGGUCCUUAAAUCCAUCAAUUUCACAGUGGAAGAGAAUCAGACAGUUGCUCUGUUAGGAGACAAGGGCAGCGGAAAGAGCGCGUUGAUAAAAUUGCUCCAGCGAAUUCAUGAUCCACAAACUGGGAAAGUCCGACUCGACAGGCAAGAUGUUCGUUUUCUUGAUCGACGCUGGUAUCGCCGGCAAAUUGGCAUCGUCCACAAGAAACCUGAGUUUUUUAACACGUCAGUAGCAGAUAACAUUGCUUACGGAAAAGGUGAAGCCACUUUGAAAGAAAUAGUGCGCGCUGCAAAGGUGGCUGGGGCGCACGAAUUCAUCUUAACUUUGCCACACGGAUACGCUACGGUGCUAGGUGAUGACGGAUCUCCGCUGACUUCUUAUCAGAAACAUUUAAUAGCGUUGGCACGAGCAUUAAUCAGAAAUCCUCGGAUAUUGUUGUGGGAGGAAGACUUGUCUAUCAUGGACAACUUUGCCCUUGAUGCUUUGACAAACUACUUGAACCAAGCAAGGCUUGGCCGCACCACGGUAAUUUCAACCAGUCACGUGUCCGUAGCGCGUAUAGCAGACAUUAUUGUUGUCCUUCAUAAUGGUGAGAUAAUCGAACAAGGGAGUCCCAAGGAACUUAUGAUGUCAGGAGGGGCAUUCAGAUAUCUGGCUGCUUUACAGUAUUUUGAAUCUCAGACGCUACACCAAGAGAAAUUAUUGAAGACUGUACCAGUUGCAUCGGAAGUGUCGCUGUUUAAGGAUGGCAUCGAAGAGCUGGAAUCUGGUUUGACGCAGACCCAAGAAGAGACUACAGAGCAAGUGAAAGGCUUCGUAUCCAAGAUCCGACACAUGAUCCAAGAAAAGUUAAACGAAGGAGAGGCUGCGUACAAAAUGAUAAGAAUGCAGCUUCAAGACCUGCCACUGUUGUUAUCGGGGGCUCUAGGAGCAGCCAUCACAGGAAUGAUCGCCCCGGGCCUCUCAUUUCUAUUUGGAGAGAUACAAAAGUUUAUGAAUGAUCCUCUAAGAGUUGCUCGUGAAGGACCCUUCUGGGCGAGUAUGUUUGUUUUACUUGGAGCAGUAGUAGGAUUUGGUGGCACGAUCGAGAACUCAGUGCCUCAGAAUUCAGGGAUGGGUGACGUAUUUCCUGGUAGUGGUGGGCAGAUUCCCCAGUCUACAGGUUUUGACCUCCCAUUCGUUCCUGGCGUUCCCACACAGCAGUUUGGAAUUCCCUCUCAAACGUUACCAACAGGAAUGGAUGGAUUGCCAACCUUCCAAAUUCCUGGGAUGGGUGAUGGCCUUCCUCUCACGCCUGAAUCUGGAGGAGGGUUAGCUCAGUCUAAGGGAAACCCCUUCGUAGCAGUUCCUAGUGUUGGAACGCAGCCGUUUGGAAUCCCUUCUCAAUCAUUACCCUCCGGAAUGGAAGCUCUUACGUCUGGUAGAAUUCCGGGGAUGCCUGAUGAGCCAGUGGGCUGA